ACAAGGGCUUCAGUGUCAUUACACACUCCCCGCCGAUCAACUUCCCGUCAGGCGUUACGUACUCCUCCAGCCCACAGUCGACACCGACGGCGGCGUCGCACCGUGGCCUCCCCUUCCGCUGGGAACUUGGCAUGCCCUAGCCGUCGCUCUGUUAGUUCUUCCCAUGAUCGAUCACUCCCCCACUCGGUCGCCGGGACAAGCCCUCUCCCUCCUUUCCGCCCUAGGGUUUUUCUCCCCUCAUCGCUAGGCGUUUCACGGCGGAGUAUGCGAUCGUAGAAGGAGAAAAAAAAGCACUCGCGCAUGGGAAGUAGAAAGAUGCUCGAGAAAUCCAAUAAGAGGAAGAAGUGCUACGUCAGUGAGGACGAUGUCUCCGCACUUCUAGACAGGUAUGACGCGAGGACGGUGCUGGCGUUGUUGCAAGAGGUGGCGCAAGUUCCUGAUGUGAAGAUCGAUUGGAAUGAGUUGGUGAAGAAGACGACCACUGGGAUCAAGAAUGCUAGGGAGUACCAGAUGCUAUGGCGUCAUUUGGCUUAUCGUCAUGGCUUGGUUGAUAGAUUGGAUGAUGGUGCUCUGCCUCUGGAAGAUGAUAGUGAUUUAGAAUGUGAAUUGGAAGCAACUCCAGCAGUUGGCAGUGAAGCCUCUGCAGAGGCUGCAGCAUAUGUGAAGGUCAUAAUUGCUUCUGGAAUGCUAAGUGAGUCCUGUUUGUCAAAUGGCACAACUGUUGAGGCUCCAUUGACCAUAAACAUUCCCACUGCCCAAACAUGUAGGAACCCUUCAGAGAAUUCAUGCCAAAGUAUUUCCAUGCAAGGGACAAAUAUUACAAUUCCAGUCUCUGUGCAAAUACAGCCAUCUCCCAUUGUCACAACGGCAGAGGGAUUAGAUACCAAUGGAACAUGUAAUCAGAACUUGCCUCCUCGGCGUAAAAGAAAACCAUGGUCUGAGGCAGAGGACUUGGAACUUAUUGCUGCAGUUCAGAAAUGUGGUGAAGGAAACUGGGCAAACAUUCUGAAAGGGGAUUUUAAGGGUGAAAGAACAGCUUCUCAGCUUUCUCAGAGGUGGGCCAUUAUUAGGAAGCGGCAGGGCCCCUCUGUUGGGAACAGCUCACAACUUUCAGAGGCUCAAUUAGCAGCUCGUCGGGCCAUGUCUCUGGCUCUGGACAUGCCAAGGGUAGAUAAUUUGAAAGCUGCUUCUUCAAUUACUAGUGCAGUGUCAAAUGCUGCUGCUAAUAUCAACCAUGGUAAACCUGCUGCUGCUGCUAAUAUCAACCAUGGUAAACCUGCUGCUGCUGCUAAUAUCAACCAUGGUAAACCUGCUGCUGCUGCUGCUAAUAUUAACCAUGGUAAACCUGCUGCUGCUGCUGCUAAUACUAACCAUGCUAAACCUGCUGCUGCUACUAAUAUCAACCAUGCUAAACCUGCUGCUGCUGCUAAUAUCAACCAUGCUAAACCUGCUGCUGCUGCUGCUCAACAAGACCUCCCAAUGGCAGCAGCACAGAAGCUGGGAAUGGCGGGACCCCCAAAACCACGAGUUCCCUCAAAGCCAACCACUCCUACCCCAGAUUCAAUGGUGAAAGCAGCUGCAGUUGCUGCCGGGGCCCGCAUCGCCACCCCUUCGGAUGCGGCAACGCUGCUUAAGGCAGCACAGUCUAAGAACGCCGUCCGAAUAACACCCGGCGGAGGUGGACCGUUGGUUAAACCGCCCGGUACAACCACAUUGCCCAGCAAUGUUCACUUCAUACGCACCGGCUUAUUGUCCCAUUCAAAAACAAUGCCGAACCCCACACGGACCGGAAAACCCGCACCGCCGUCCGUAGGUCAUCAGCGCAAUACCAUCCUACCCAGCAGUACUGUCCCCUCAGGACCCAAACCUUCUCCAACCAACAUGCCACCAAAUGGUACAAACCCAAAAACCAUUCCCACCUCAGGCCCUAAGAUGGCUAAUGGCACAAACCCUAUUCCGGAAGCCGAGCACGACACCUCUAAAACUGCAGAAAUCCCAACAGAAAAGCCCAACCAUUGUAAUGCUGCUUCUGGAGACAAGAAAGAUGCAGCAGCAAAGGAGAAUGGUCAAGGGGAUCAUCAAGGUCCAAACAGAGAUGAGGAAAAGAACACACAACCAGUAGUAGUAGUUAAUAAGAGCCACAUUGGUGAAACCCAAACUGGGGAUAGAAAUGCAUCAUCAACUGUGGAUAAAGACAAGGCCACUUAACCAACCAUUCAAGCCGGGCUGAGCUUUGUGUAUUCUCUGAUUCUUGACCCCCCCCCUCGCACGCAAAAAAGUCUUCUUUUUUUGCUCUCCGUAAGGUUCUUGGACGAAUGUAGUGUAAUAUACUAAGGAAAGCGUAAUGUUUACAUAUAUCUGUAUCCCCCUCCCUCCCCCCUUGGGUAUCCCCCUUUGUGUAAACUAACUGAUGUUUUUUCUUCUUCUUGUUACUUGUGGAUGGUUAAAUACUCCGUAUGUUAGUAAGUAAAUGAGCCUUUUGUUG